AUGUCCAUCGAAGUGGCGCUUGCAAUCAUCGCGACUGCUGAUCUGGCGAUCAAGUAUGGGAAGAACCUCGUCCAGAUGUACAACAGCUACCAGAAUGCGGACAAAGAGAUCGGUGAAAGGCUGUUGAAAAUGCAAGUGAUCUGGCACCAGGUUCAGUGGCAAGUCCAAUACCUCAUGCGCGUUCGGAAGGCCCUAGAAGAGGAAUUCUUGGCUAUGCAAGACCAGAUACUCGGACAGUUGGUGAACAGAUUGAAGGCGGCCAUGAGCGAAGUUCAGAAACUCGAAAAGAAACAAGGUCCUACUGAAACCGACCCGAAGGCGACGAAAGACACGCAAUAUAGCAAAUGGAAGUACCCUUUCAUCAAGAAGGGCUUGGACGCUGCCAUAGGCGAGUUGAAGGAAUGGCAGGGAUAUUUCGACCCGGGUUGGUACCACAUCAUGCGGAUCUCAGACAACUUGGUCGAUACCGGGUUUAAGAAGCCAAAGUCAUCCGCAGAACAAGAACCAAUGGAGGAUGCUGCGCGUAAGAUAAUGUCCAAGGCAAAGACUGUCCGCAAUUGCCUGAGAAUGGAUCCCCAAAGCGGAAGUACUACUGUCUUCAUGAAAGCGGAAGAAACGUCAAACUACAACUACACGGCAAUACCGUACUCGACUGCAUAUAUCUGCCAUCGCAGCUCAAAAGACCCGCUAAUAGCAGACUCUGUCCCCGCCACGCCAGGCAUCAGCCUCGACAUCCAGAGCAGAGACGUGCGCGACCUUGCCCGCAAGCUCACAGACACAGACCCGAUAAGCUUCUGCUUACUCAAAUGCCGUGGCGUUUCGCGAGUAUACAAGACCAAUGGCUCUCUCAAAGCCUUCGACUUCCACUUCCACAUACCGUCCUCCCUACACUCGCCGCAAAGUCUGCGCAACAUCCUGAUCGAAUCGAAGCCCAACAUGAGUCUCAGCGUACGCUUCCGCCUCGCACAGCAGCUAGCGCGGUCCUUGAGCUACGUCCACAUGUACGAGUUCGUGCACAAAGGCAUUCGCCCCGAAACAGUCCUUAUCUUCGACAGCGGCAAGACCGAGCUCGCACACUCCUUCUUGCUUGGCUUUGAGAAGUUUCGCGCAGAUGCAGGCCGCACAUUAAAGACUAGCGACUCUGUCUGGGAAAGAGAUCUGUACCGCCACCCAGAGCGCCAGGGCGAGAAACCAGAGGAAGCAUACAAGAUGCAGCACGACAUCUACAGCCUGGGUGUUUGCUUGCUGGAGAUAGGUAUGUGGCGCACACUCGUCACGUACAACAGUGUGAAGGGGGAGCCCACCCCGUCGCAACUCCUGCCGCCGCCAGAUUACUCUGAGAAGGACGAAGUGGGCAAGGCCAAGUCGAUCAAACAUACGCUCAUCGGGAUUGCGCAGCGUGAACUACCCAGUUGCAUGGGCGAUAAGUAUACGGGUAUCGUCACAUCGUGCCUGACAUGUCUGGAUAAAAGCAAUCCCGAUUUCAGCGACGAGAACGACUUCAAGGAUGAGGAUGACGUUAUCGUUGGGGUACGCUACAUUCAAAAGAUCUUGCUUGGACUGAGUAACAUCUCCGUCUAG